GGCGAAUUGUGGUUUUUACGUUGAGUCUUACUGUGAUCAGUCUUCGUAUCACUCUGGUGGGGGAGGAAAAAAGAACUCUUCGUUGAUUCAGGCUCCCCCCUCCCCCCCCCCAACAACGAGAUCCUUGAAAACAAGACCAAGUGAUCCCUUACUGGAAUGCCCCCCAAAGGGCGGAAGAGGAAGGCAGAUGUGCCUCAAGCAAAAGCUGUGGCACCCAGUGGAGUGAAAAUCAGUGGUGAUCACAAGUUACCCAAGAAACUGAAGGAGGGUGUGGGAUCAGGCCCUCACGUGGUCAUUGAGCAUUGUAAAAGCUGACGCGUCUACGGGCGCAGUGCUGAGGCUGUCAGCCAGGCAUUGCUCCAGGCCUUUCCUGACAUGGCAGUGGAGGUCAACCCUGAGAAGCCCCGCAGAAAUAGCUUUGAGGUGGUUCUGUUGAAAGAAGAUGGCACCAAGGUGGAGUUAUGGAGCGGCCUGAAGAAGGGGCCACCACGCAAGCUGAAGUUCCCAGAACCAAGCAACAUGGUUGAAAUGUUGAAAGGCAACUUGGAAUAAAGCCACUAGCGGUGCAAGGACUGUCAGUGUACAUCUGAUAAACCAUUGAACCCCCGUGUGAGUUGGAGCAUACAUGAUGGGAUAUGACAAAGUGGAGGGAAACCCCCAGUCACGUCUUUGAAGCUGCUGCCCCUUCUCCCCAAAAGGAAAAAUGGACCAGAUACUGCUGCUUUCACCUUCUAUGAACAGUCUUCUUUUUUCAAUAAAGUUUGAACUUCUGAAACAA